AUGAGCCGUAUUCAAAGACUGCAGAACGCAGCUGUCCGUUUUGUUUUCAGCCUCCGUGGACGGGAGCAUGUGUCUGCAUUUCGGGAUGCUGCCGGACUUUUGCCAACACAAGCCGUAUCCAGGAUGCAGACUUGCACUCUAGUCCACCGUGUGCUGGCGGCGCGGGAGCCGUGGUACCUGGUGGAUAGACUUGUGACCCGGGGGGAGGUUGCUCUCCGUGGUACCCGACAGGACGCGCUACUGCAUUUUGCAAGGGUUAGGCUUGAGGUGGGAAGGAGAGGGUUCUCCUACUUCGGGCCUAAACUUUAUAAUGAUCUCCCCCUUGACCUCAAGCAGCUAUCGGUCUCGGCUUUCAAAAAGAGACUGAAGCAAUAA